UACGGGAUAUAUGUUGAAUAGGGUUGCGAAGGGACGUAAAAAUGGCGACUUUUAACUCCUUCCGGCAUUGAAUACUCGUACUAAUGUGUGCUUUUGACAUUAUAAACAACCAUUAUAUUCUCAUUUAACUUAACAAUUAUCUAGAGUAAUAGUUACUCCAAUAAAUUAACCAGUGAUAAUUCGAAAAAACUUAAUACUUCGAUCGUUAUUUAAAUAAAUAGUAAAUAUAAAUAAUAAUUAUCUUUAAAUUUUUUUUUUUCGUAUCAUUAUAACCUCACUAUAACCCACUGAGUUUACAAAAUAUUAACCCUUCCCCCCACAAACAAUGGCAAUGAAUGAAAAUUUUAAUUAUUCCGAACUGUGUCGACUAUGCUCGUUAAAAAGUAAUCAUCAGCUACAAAUAUUUGACAAGGAGGGUGAGCAAAGACAGAUACUUUUUAAAAUUCGUACUCUUAUAGGUUCUGUGACAACAAAAGAAGAUGUCCUACCAAAAAAUAUAUGCCAAAAGUGUCUAUAUAAAUUGGAUAUGUUUUUUGAAUUCCGAGCAAGUUGUAUGGCCACUGAAACAGUUUUGAAAAAUUACGCGGAUACGUUAAAACAACUCGCGCAAUCAGUCAGUAAUCAGAACGAGAAAGACAAAAUGUCGACAAGCGGACAACAGCAACAGCAGCGUUCGUCAUAUGUGGAAGCACAUGCAGCGGCGCAUGCGACACUGCAACAACACAUGGCACAGCAAGUAGCUCAGACUAGACUCACUGGUCCAGGACUUUCAUCAGCACCCCAACCACUUAAUCCUACCUUUACAUUACCGGAUGAUGGUCUGGGUUACGAUGAUGGGCAUCGAGUUCUUCGUUCUAUUGGCACAUGGUCACCAGAUUAUUCAGCAGCAAUGGCACGACCAAGUGGUGUAAUGCCAGUAUUUCCUGGUACAACAGAUCAACAAUUUACAAAUAAUCGCGCGACUACAUUAAAUCAACCGUUAAGAACGACAAACAAUGUAGGCGGUGUACGUCCUGGUUCUGUUUCAAAAGCUACAAAUACUGGAGAACCAACAACUAAAGCAUUUGCUUGUACUGUUUGUGGCAAAGGAUUAGCACGUAAAGAUAAACUUGUUAUACAUAUGCGUAUACAUACGGGUGAAAAACCGUAUUCCUGUGAAGUUUGUGGCAAAGCAUUUGCACGACGUGAUAAACUUGUUAUUCACAUGAAUAAACUUCGACAUAGACCGGGAGUUACUCCAUUAUCAACACCUACUGCUCCUAAUUCUGAUCAACAGCAGCAACAGCAACAACAACAGCAGCAACAACAGCAACAGCAGCAACAACAACAACAGCAACAACAGCAACAACAACAGCAGCAGCAGCAGUUGCGUAGAGAAGUCUCUGUUCAUAAAUUAAAAGAAGAACCUCUUACUUAUGUCUGUGAGAUAUGCAAUAGAGUCUUUACUGUAAGAGAUGAAUGGUCGCAACAUGCACGAUCUCAUUUAGUAGAUUCUGGUCAAACCCAACAUGCAGCAGCAUAUUUUCCAAAUUCAGCACCACCGCUGCAAACCUACAACACUAGCGGUAAUUUUUGUCCAGUGUGUCGGAUGGAUUUCCCGAAUAAAGAGGAAUUCAUAUUUCACCUACGCACUCAUUUCCCUUCGGGGCAACAGAACUCAUUGCAGAAUCAGAUUAAACAGGAUCCAGCUAUUGCCGAAAUGAUAGCACGUGGUAUGGUAGAUCCUACAUUAUGCACCUAGAAUUUUCCUCACUAUCGUAAUCCGACGUCGAUACGUGUCUUACUGUAGUAUAAAAAAAAAAGUAAUACUAAUAAUAAUUAUUCAUUCACACAAAUAAUAAUAACGGCUGCAUCACCGUGCGUUUUGUGAUUCUAUUUUUAGAUAAUCAUUUUUUUUAUAUAAUUAACUAAAAAUAAUCAGUGAUUUGUUUUUUUUAUUAAUUAAUUUUUAAUUAAAAUUUAAUCUUCAAUAACUUUUUUUCGUAAGGUAGAUAAUAUUGUUAGUUGAGUGGAUAUUUAGUAUCCGUUAAAUAUUUUGAUCGUGAUUUUGAAAUAUUCCUCAUAAAUGAGACAUUUAUAUUUUUUUUAAAUGUAAAGUCGGAAUAUAUAAUUAAAAUUACAUAACACGUGUUACUUUAUUUAAUUAAUUUUAAGUAAAGUGACAAUUUAAAAAUAAAUAAGCUUCCACUAUAAAUUACUUUGCGAUGUUAAUUUUUAUUUUAAUAAUAUUUUAUAAAAAAAAAAAUUAUAAUCUAUUAAAUUUGCUUAUGACAUCGCUUUCUUCCUUUAUGUCUUCGUAAAUAUAAUUAUAACAGGUUUUAAUAAAUAUAAUUAUAAUUAUUAUUACAGUUUAUAUGUAUAAUAAAUUGAUAGUAAUUUUAAGAACACGAGUAUAGAGAAGUUGCCGUGCCUCCUAAGGAAAUAUUAUUAAUUUUCACUUUUAUUAGAUUAGCCAACGACUGAUUGCUACUAUAAUUCUUUUUAACUAUUAUAUUUCUUUAAAUAAUUCAAAAAAUUUUAUUUUUUAUAUUUUUGGCUUAAAUAUUUUAAGAGAUCAGUUUUUGUAAGGACAAAAUGUUUUGUUGAAAUUAUUGUAUAUAUUGUAAUUUCUACAUAAAAACAAAAAAAAUAAAAACAACAAUCUGAAAAACGGUUGACUCUGCGCCAACCCCGGAAGCUUCUCGCUGUUUUCAAGCUCAGAUAGUUAUUAGUUGUAAAUAUUUGAGCUCUUCGAGAUAAAAAAAAAUGUUGAUUUUGUUUUUCAACCAAAAAUAAAUAUAUUUAGCUUAAAAAAAAUAAUUUUUGUCGUACGAUAUCUUAGGAAUUAAUUAACUGAUUUGAAUGUACUUGGUGGUAAUCGAAAAUGCUUAUUUAAACUUGGAGCUCAAUACAUUUUGAGGUUAUUCGGGUAAGUAGUUAAUGAGUUUUACGAAAAUAACCUAAAAAAAAAACAUUUUUAAUUUUUGUUUUUCGUAUAACUCGUAACAUACUCGACCAAUCAACUCCAAAAUUUAUCCAAAUCUAAAUCUUGACAAACCCUUUUGAUUGCCACCAACAACGUCCAAAUCGAUUGAUUCGUUCCAAAGAUAUCGUACCUCAAAAAUUAGUUUACAAAUGCACACACGUGGAAAUUCAUCCAGAAAUAGUCAGAAAAGCUUCAUAGGAUCUAAAAGUAUCAAGACCUGCUGAAAAUUCGGAUUUCGAAAACUGAAUCGAAACCAAUAUCUUCCUUUUCUCGAAAAUUAAAAAUUUUCAUAACAGGAAGUUUGGAAAAUUCAGGGAAAUAUUGAAAAUUUUUUAGCUAAAAACUAUUUUCAAUAAAACAACUAUUGUUUUUUAAUAUUAAAAUUUAUUAUUAUUAUUACUUCAGUGAUUAUUCCAGUGGUUUAAUGGUAAAAUUAUUUAGUUUUUUAAUAUUGAUUGAUAGUUUUGAUAAAUUUUUUAAAAUAAUAAUCAAAUUUUUAUGAAUUUUAAAAAUAUUGUUAAUUUUUUUUUGUUAUAUUAAAAACAUAAUUAACAAAGUGAGGUAACUGACGAAAGUUCGUAAAAAAAUGUUGAUGAGUGAAAAAAAACUACAGUGCAAUUGAAUGACAAUUAAAUUUCUCUGUGCUUCGAUAAUCUUUGAUAAUGAUAAUUUAAAUAAAAUAGAAUAAUAAAAAAAAAAAAAAAAAAAAAAAAAAAAAAAAAAAAAAAAAAAAAAAAUUAAUAAUAAAUUAAAAAAUAAAUAAUCAUAACUAGUGUGUGAAUAGAUAAUCAAUAUGCAACGAUGUUUAAAAUAUAAAUAGUAAUUAAAGAACUGGUUUAUUAGACGCAUAGUGCCUUGUCUUUGGAACUACGUACUGUAAAUUUAUUAUAUUUGUUUAGAUUAUUUUAGUAAUAUACCGAUAGAAGGAGGCACACUGGCACGCAUUUAGUAAUAAAUAGAUUUAAGGUUUAUUGUAAUAUUGAUGUAAUUUUUUAUGUUACUAGUUAUUAUUAUUAUUAUUAUUAUUAUUAUUAUUAUUAUUAUUAUUAUUAUUAUUAUUUUUAAUAUUAUUAUUUGAUUAAGUUUAUUUUUGUUAAGAGAUUUGUAUUAAAAUGCCAUCGCCUCUAGCAGCUGUUUUUAUCUACUUUUUAUACCGUUGAUGUCACAUAUUUUAAGCUAAGAGUCAGUAUAUUACUGCCAUAAUCAUUAUAAUGCAUCUGUAUACUCAUAAUGUCUUUAUAUAAAUAAAUAUCAUUAAAAAUA